UAACUUAGCAAGUGAGUUUCUACCGAUUUUGAUCAAUUUCAAAAUGGAAUCAGGCUCAAAGAUACCACUUUCACACUCAUUAUGGUCACCUCAUGAUACUGUGAAAGAUGCAGCCGAGUCUUUGGGGAUAAAUUUGACCGAGGAGUCUGCUAAGAAUCUUGCUAUGGAUGUCGAAUACAGAAUCCAUGAAAUCUUGGAAACUGCCAUCAAGUUCAUGAGAAGGUCUAAAAGAAAGCUUUUAACCACUGGUGACAUUAAUCACUCUUUGAAAGUGUUGAAUAUUGAGCCCCUUUAUGGGUAUGACAACUCCCAACCAUUACAAUUCAAAGAAGCGUUAGUGGCAGCAGGUGGUCAAACCUUGUAUUACAUAGAUGAUCAAGAAAUUGAGUUGGAGAAAUUAAUUAAUCAGGAGUUGCCUAAAGUUCCUCGGCAAACAACUUUCACUGCUCAUUGGCUUGCUAUUGAAGGAGUACAACCAAUUAUUCCUCAGAACCCAUCGCCAGCUGAGAUCAAGUCAUUACCGCCAGCUAUUCGUGGGGCAACCUCGUCGAUAUUGGGUAAUGAUAUAUUGAAUGCUGCAGGAAAUACCGAGAAGAAUAUCAUGUCAACUGGUUCAAAGAAUAAGAAAGUCACAGAUAAAGAUACAGAAGUUAAACCAUUGGUCAAACAUGUUUUGUCUAAGGAAUUGAAGUUGUACUUCGACAAGGUUGUCGAUGUCUUAUUGUCCAAGGAUCCAGAAAAGGAAGGUCUUCAAAACUCUGCCUUGAACUCAUUAAAGAAUGAUCCAGGUUUACAUCAAUUAGUUCCAUACUUCAUCCAAUUUGUUGCGGAACAAAUCACAAAUCAACUAAGAGAUAUUGAUAUUUUAACUACUAUGUUGCAGGUUAUAUCUGCAUUGGCCGAUAACAGACUGAUAUUUUUGGACCCUUACGUACAUGCCUUGAUGCCAUGUAUUUUGACAUUGUUGUUGGCUAAAAAUAUUGGUCCCAACGUAAAGGAUUUCAAUGAUGAGAAUGGGAAAAGCGCUCUUAAGAGAAACUUAGCAGUGAGAGAGUUUGCUGCCAUUUUGUUAAAGCACAUUAUUGUUGUUUAUGGCUCAUCAUAUUCAACUUUAAAGGCAAGAGUAACCAGAACCCUCUUACGAGCUUUAUUGGAUAGUUCCAAACCAAUUGGUACUCAUUAUGGUGCUUUGUUGGGAUUGAAGAAUAUGGGUAAUGAGGUCAUCAAGUUAGUAUUAAUAGGAAACUUGAAGUUAUGGUAUAAUCUGGUUAUUGACGGCAUCAACAAUGAUUUUGCUAAGGAAGUAUUGAUUGACAGUGUCAUGGACUGUUUAAACGAGUUAAGAAUUGAAGAUAAAUUGAAAACUGAUGACAUGCAAGUGGAUUCAGAAAUAUCAGAAGAUUUGAAAUCCGAGUUGGCUCAGAGAAUUGGUGAACCAUUGGCUGAAGAAGUGCUAAAACUACAAAAUAGUAAAGAGAUUAUAAGAGGAAUAUUCUUCGGAGAACUCAAUGUAUAAUUAGAAAAAAAAAGUUUAUCAUGUAAUAUAUGUCAUUAAUGCAAUUUUCGUUUACUAGCCAGUUUGAAUACGGUACCAAACAUUGUUAGUCAUAUCGGUCUUCAUUGUUAUUGUAUGGAAGUGAUGACCCAUUUAUUGAGGAUCCUCGUAAAGAGUCCAAAAAGGGUGAGUCAAUGAAGUCGAUUGGUUCCCCGGGUCGUUUCUUCCUCUCAGACGAUAAAACCAUAACAGGGGACGAAUUCACGGCCACAGGAGUUUUCAACGUAUCAAUGUUCUUGAAUCUUUCAUUAAUGGGCGAAAGAAGUACUUCUUUGAUUGGUGACAGGUUGAUGAAAGAGGGUUGGGAGACACCCACAGGGGUUCUGAGAUCUUGAAUUAGCUUCUUUGGUGGAGGCUUCAUAGGUGUAGCUGAAACCUGGGAAAACAGCUUAGAUAAAUUGAGGGACGUAUUUGGUUUCGGCUUCUUAAGCUUUCGAGCUUGAGUAGUAAAUACCGAAGUAGGUGGAUUUAAUUCAGUCAUUGAUUUCAGCUUUAGUACUGGUUUAGAGAAAUCCACCUGUCUUCUUUGUAAGUUCUUGGACGAUAAAUUAGAACUUGAUCUCCUCAACAUCAACUUGGGAUCUAGGAUUUUGUCAUCGAGAUUUAAAUCAGCAGAUCGUACUAGCUUAGGCCUUUCUAUUGUUUUCAGUUUCUUCUCGGUAACACUUUUGGAUGAUUGUUUUGCCCGAGAUGACUUCAAUUUGGAGCUGAGCUUGAAAUUCAGAUCCUUUAUACGGUCAAUAAUAUACUUGAUCGUCAACGGAAGAUUAUUCUUAUAGUAGGGAACCAACACAUAUGCCACAAAAUUGAUCAAGGUAUUAUUUUUUUGGGUGUAUAAGGUAUCAAGAAGCCUUAAUCUUUCAAUCAACAGGUCCAAUGUAUGUAAUAAGGAAUGCAUACUGAAUCCAUCUGAUUCUUGCUUUUGUCCAUCUGGUUGAGUUUCGAC